AAUCCGGCUCAUAAGCCGAUGCUCAUAAGACUAAUACAGUGAAGAUAUUUUUAGAAAUUAUGGUGGGAGUACUGGAUCUCUUAUAUAAGUGAAGUAGUUGUGCAUCUUUUUAUUCCAUUCAUGCACUACAAAUUCUACAAUACAGCUCCAGUUUCAUUUCACUUGGUGUUUAGUUGAAAUGGAGAAACCGUCUCACAUAGCCAUUUUCCCCACUUCUGGAAUGGGUCAUCUCAUUCCACUUGUUCAGUUUGCUAAAAGGCUCAUAAGCCUUCACAAUUUCACUGCAACUUUUAUCAUAGCUACUGAUGGCCCUCUUUCUAAAGCUCAACAAACAUUUCUCGAUUCGUUGCCUAAUGGUUUAGACUAUGUUGUUCUUCCUCCUGUUAAUCUUGAUGAUUUGUCCGAUGAUGUUACGGUCGAAACACGAAUGAUGAUUAUAAUGUCGAGAUCAUUGCCUUCGUUUCGUGACACGUUUCAAUCCUUUCAUGCAGCCAACAAGUUUGCUAGCCUGGUUGUUGAUCUUUUUAGUACAGAUGCACUUGAUGUUGCUAUUGAAUUCAAGGUGCCACCUUAUCUUUUUUUCCCUUCGACUGCUAUGGCCUUGUCAUUGUUUCUCUAUCUGCCUAAGCUUGAUAAAAUGACUAGUUGUGAGUACAGAGACUUGCCUGACCCGGUUCAAAUUCCGGGGUGUAUUCCGGUCCAUGGGAGGGAUCUACCUGGCCCGAUUCAAGAUAGGAAGAGUGAGACUUAUAAGUGGAUGCUUCAUCAUGUGGAGAGGUACAGUUUGGCUGAUGGAAUAAUGGUGAAUAGCUUCAUGGACUUGGAGGGAGGAGCUAUCAAAGCUUUACAAGAAUUGGGUAGACCAAUGGUUUACCCGGUUGGACCGCUCAUUCAAAUGGAUCAUUCAACUACUGGUGCUGAUGAGGUGAAUUGUUUAAGGUGGUUGGAUGAUCAGCCUAGUGGUUCUGUCUUGUUUCUGUCCUUUGGUAGUGGCGGAACUCUGACGGCUAAUCAGAUCUCUGAGUUGGCCUUGGGAUUGGAAAUGAGUGAGCAAGGAUUCUUAUGGGUUCUUAGAAGUCCAAAUGAUGAAACUGCCAACGCAGCUUUCUUUGAUAGCUGUAGUAAAAAAGACCCAAUUGAUUUCUUACCACAAGGUUUCAUUGAGAGAACCAAAGGCCAUGGUCUCGUGGUGCCUGACUGGGCUCCUCAAGCUCAAAUACUUAGUCAUGCUUCAACUGGUGGCUUCUUGACUCAUUGUGGCUGGAACUCCAUCCUUGAGACUCUGACGAAUGGCGUGCCUGUGAUUGCAUGGCCACUCUAUGCAGAACAGAGGAUGAAUGCUGUAAUGCUGAAUGAAGAUCUUAAAGUUGCACUGAGGCCACAAGUUGGGGAGAAUGGUAUGGUGGGACGUGUUGAAAUCGCAAAGCUUGUCAAAGGUUUGAUUGAAGGAGAAGAAGGUAAGGGUCUUCGCGCCAGGAUGAGAGACCUAAAAGAUGCAGCUGUCAAGGCUCUUGAUGAAGAUGGAUCAUCAACAAAAGCCAUGGCUCAAGUAGUUAGCAAAUGGUGUAUUUAAGCUUAUCAUUUAGAUUACUGAUCUAAGUUCAUAUGUUUAUCAUUUACUUUCAGAACUUUAAAGUUUUAAGCUUGUUUUCUUGUUA